AUGUCAGCAGGAAUUCCCGUCAAGCUUCUCAAUGAAGCCCAGGGCCACGUUGUAUCGUUGGAACUUGUCACUGGAGACACAUACCGAGGCAAGCUCCUUGAAAAUGAAGAUAACAUGAAUCUUUCACUUUACGAUGUAGUAGUCACCAAGGGCCGCACCGGAGCCACCACUCAUAUGAACCAAGUUUUUGUGCGUGGAUCCAUGAUACGAUACAUUUCUGUGCCGGAAAUCUUGCGAAAUGCGCCCAUGUUCUUUAUGAAGCCAGGAGACAAACCCAAGCCGCCUGUUCGUGGCCCCCCACCAAAACGAGCACGGCAUUGA